CUUUUGGCAUUUCGGUUUAGAGGUUCGGCGGUGGUUCGAGUGCCCUGUGAAUGGCGUCGAACUCAUGGCACCAUCACAUAAGGCCUCUCUCCGGCACGCUCUUCCUCGCGUUCCCUCUUCUCCUUAUCGCUUUUUUCUUCGCCGCCCGCUCCUCCCCCUUUUCCGCACUUUCACUUUCCCGCAACCCCUUGUCAUUACCAACCUCGCGCCGGGGAUCGGUCAUCUGGAGCGCCAACCGACUCUUUGAAUGGCGGCCAUGUGGCUGGUGGACUGCCAAAGCCAUCACCGCUCUUCCUGCUAGAAGCAACGGUUACGUGAGAAUUGACUGCUAUGGCGGCCUUAAUCAGAUGAGACGCGAUUUGUGUGAUGGCGUUGGGAUUGCUCGCCUGCUGAACGCCACUUUGGUUCUGCCCAAGUUUGAGGUCGCAGCUUAUUGGAAUGAAUCAAGUGGCUUUGGGGAUAUUUUUGAUGUAGACUACUUCAUCCAGCAAACCAUGGGAUUUGUGGAAGUUGUGAAGGAGUUGCCCAAUGAUCUUGCAUCAAAGGAACCGUUCAAAGUGGACUGCAGCAAACGGAAAGGGAAUUUCGACUAUGUUGAAGCAGUUCUUCCUGCACUCAAGAAACAUCACUAUAUAUCUAUUACACCAGCAAUGAGCCAAAGAAGAGAUAGGUAUCCUCUCUAUGCCAAGGCUGCGUUAUGCCAAUCUUGCUACAGGGCACUUCGCCUUAACAAGGCUUUGGAAGCUAAAGCCAAGGAGCUUUUCAACGCGAUUCCAAAACCCUUUCUCUCUCUCCAUCUCAGAUUCGAGCCAGACAUGGUCGCUUACAGCCAAUGUGAAUACUCAGGCUUAUCUCCCUCCUCUCUAGCAGCCAUAGAUUCUGCUCGUGGCGAUCGAAAACCAUGGACCGGCGACGCAGCCAUUGCAUGGAGAAACCGUGGAAAAUGCCCUCUCACGCCGGCCGAAACCGCCUUCAUUCUUCAGUCUCUUUCCAUUCCCACAAACACAAACAUUUAUCUAGCAGCUGGUGAUGGCCUAAUGGAGAUUGAAGGCCUCACUGGUUCUUAUACUAAGGUCUUUUCCAAAUCAUCUUUUCUAGACAGUGAAGACUUUGUGAACAUGCAUGGGAACACCAAAGCAGCUCUGGAUUACUAUAUUUCGAUAAACAGUGAUGGAUAUAUAGCUACCUAUUUUGGAAAUAUGGAUAAAAUGGUUUCAGCAAUGAGAGUAUUGAAUGGAAUGCACAAAACUCUGUUUCUAAGCAGAAGAGCUUUUGCCAAUUACAGUGAGAAGGGGCUGCAGGGAGAGAAGCUUGCAGACGCUUUGUGGAGAGAACAUUUUGAUGACUUUGUAACUGGGAGAGGCUUUGCUUUGCCUGAAUGCUUUUGUGAAUUUAAGCUGUAGCUCUCUCUCUCUCUCUAAAUUAUUCUGUGCGCAAACCGGACGCAAAAUGCUGUCAGAAGAUCAAUAAGAAUGCGGCAGCAGUACUGAGCCUGAUACCAAGCACAAUGUGACGUAGAGCAUCCUGGUUGGCCUCCGAACGGAAUUCAAUGUCCGCACAGAAUAAUUUUUGCUCUCUAUCUCUCUCUUCAUGAAUUCUGAUGAUAUAUUGGUACUGGAUUUGAUGUUCCUUUUGCAGGAACAAACGCUUAAUUUUGAUUAAUGUUAAAUGUGGCUGAGAGAUA